CAGCAGAUGGUUCCUUAUCAACUAAAGACACUACUGCUGAGGAUGUGAGAUGGAAGGUGAUAAGAAAGGUGAAACACCAACAUUGAUAAUCUGAUGAAAAAGAAAAGAAGAUCAUGGCUGACAAACUUGACCCAUCACCAGAGGUUUGGACCGAAUCUCAAGUCAGCACCUGGCUGAAAUCAAUUGGAGUGAAGGAGCAGUACAUAGAAAAGCUUUAUGAGGAAGAAGUAAACGGACAAAUCCUUCUUACAUUAAAUGAGGAGUUUUUAAAGGCUAAGAUUUGCAUGAAAUCAGGGCCUGCUCAUUUGAUCAUUCAAAAGAGAGAUGAGCUCAUCAACUCAAAGCAACGAGAGGUUAAGCAAGAGAGGAAAAAGCCCAACAGUGGUAAAAAAACUGAGUUGGAAUUGAAAUCAGUUCCGUGUGUUCCUACAGCAAGUGGAGACCCUCCUGCACAGACUCAUGAGAGUGUUGAAGAUGUCUUAAAAGAGAGACAGACUUCAAAUUCAAAGGAAGAUUGCAGACCUCGACCAUUUGAUCAAGAAGGGAUUGAUUUCAUGUAUGUAAAGCACAGAGUCCUGCAACCAGAAUCAGGUGCUUUUAAUCUGACAUCUCCAUGCCAUGAAUUUAAGUCAUUUGCCAUAGCUGCUGCAUUGGAUCGCACAAGACUCCAAGCUAAGUUUGCAAAAGAGGUCCUUAAAUUUGCCACUGGCUGCAUGAACAUUAGAUCAAAUGGUACAAUACACUUUGGUGUGAUGGACAGCAAGGAGGAUGCAGGUUAUGUGCAUGGUGAGAUAAUUGGUAUCCCUGUGAAAGAGAGAGAUAUUUUUGUAGAUUCUUUGGACUACAUUGAAAGAAGUGUCUGUUCUGACAAGGAGCAUGUACGCCAGUGUGUGCGGCCUCCAAGGUUCAUUGAAGUUAUGGACAGGGAAAGUACAGAAAAGAAGUAUGUGGUAGAGGUUGACAUUGUGCCUUCUAUUAGUAUUGUUAAAAGCAAGGUGUAUGCAGUUCGUCUACCAAACUUCAAAGAGACAACUAACAAAGUGGAGUUUGAAAAAGAAGCCAUCCUGCGGCGGUUGGGUUCAAAAACGGAGCCAGUGAGUGACAAAGACCUAAGUGAUUUCUACCAGAGAGUCAAAGAUCGGGAUGCACAAAGGGAAGAAGCAGAGAAAAUGAAGUUCCUUAGUGCCCCUGAAAACUGCCAAGACCUAGGACGGAAACUAACAAUGCUGAUGACAAGUGGGAAGAAAUUCAUGGAAAAAGAUAAAUGGUUCAUACUCAUCACAAAUAGAUUCCCACCUGAUGACCUUUGCAACAUUGACUGGCUGCUCAACAUGAACAUAUUCUGUGUUUUUGACUUUGACCCAGACUCAAAGAUAUCGGGUCUUUGCAGUAGAUACCUUCAGCAUCACGCUGCAAACAUGCAUUCUCUACAGAGUUACAGGAUACCAGGCGACAUGAACAUCAAAGAAUUCACAAGCCAUUUGCAUCUGUUUGAGCAAACAAGCUGGAUCUUUUGUAACGGCCGAACUGACUACCAAGGAAAUGAAACUCUGUGUGAUGAAAUGACUUGGAUCAAGACAAAAAUGACUUUCCUGCAGGAGUCUGUGUCAUCGAUCUGUAAAGAAAUCUUGCCAAAAGGAACCUUCCAGGUAAUUUUUCUUGUCACAUCCCCAGUUGAGAAACCACUCUUACACACCUUUAAUGAGUUUUUCCCUGUCAUGGAAGGCCAUGAAGACAUCGUCUGCAUCUGUCCAUCCCAGGACAACUUCCAUAAGUGGCAAAGCUUUGCAGAGGAGUUAUGUCCAACAGAAACGGUGAACAAUUCCAGUGUGGUUGGGAUGAAAAUGAGUCACAUUAAUGCAACUCUGCAGCAAGUACAACCCUUUAAUUCAUGUGCCAGGAAACACUUGCCAGUGUUUGUGAAAGGGACUUGUCUUCUUGAAACACAUGAAGAAGAACAGAUGUAUUCACUGGAAAUUUUGACAGUGGAUCAUUGUGAUGAAACAAGCGAAGACUUCAUCAAUGAGGAGAAAGCAAACAUUGAACACCAGUUCUACCGUGGUGGGAGAGUGAACUGGUUGAAUUUUUGGCUUGCUGAGCACAAGUAUGUUGGAGAGGUAAUUGAAAGAGAUGCUUAUCAAGAAGUUUCCAAACUUCUCCAUGAAGCUUUGAAAUGGAACACAGAUGAAACUCCAGUGAAUAGUAUUAACAUCUACCAUCAUCCAGGAAGUGGUGGAAGCACUGUGGCAAGACAAGUGCUGUGGAACAACAGGAAAGAUCUGAGGUGUGCAGUUGUGAAGCCCUCAUACUCCGCUUCUCUUGUUGCACAACAUGCAGUUGAACUAAGAGAGUAUGAAGAAAAAGAUCCACAGAAGUGUCUUGCUGUACUGCUUCUCAUCGAAGACUCAGACAAAGAAUACCUUGAUGAUCUCAGAAAUGAGCUGGAGGUUGCCGUUAACACCAAAAGAAUCCAGUAUGGAACUCCAUGCUUCAUUUUGUUGAGCUGUAGAAGGUCCUAUAAUCCAGAGAGGAAAUGCAAGGAGUCUCCAUUACAGAAUGUGUCUGUCACUCACAAGCUGUCUAACCAAGAGAGGAGAAAGUUUUCUGGAAAACGAGAGGCACUUGAAGAACGAUAUGAACCCGAAUUCAUUCUGACUUUUGUUCUGAUGAGCGAAGAAUUCAAUGUUGACUAUGUUCAACAUUUUGUGGAACAUUUGCUUCAAGGCAUUGACCGCCAAUCUGUUGUCGCUCGCCUCAUCCUCUAUGUGGCACUGUUGAACACUUAUGUUCAAAACUCUUUCAUCUCCCAGUCUCAUUGUGAAGCCCUGCUUGCUCUAACCAUUCACAUGGAAAGGUUUCACCAACAUGAGUUUGAGAAAUCACUUAGCCCCCAGGCUCAACUGGUCUUAUUGCAUCUCCGGGAUGAGAAGACGCACAUUGAAUCAAUCAGAAUCAUCCACCCACUUGUUGCAAAGGAGAUUCUCCAACAACUUUUGGGAGAAGAGACCCAAAGCAGUUUGGCAAUGAAAUUGCUCUGUGAGAAAGGUCUUUUUGAACACAGAUUUGGAAGGGACGAAUAUUUGUCAUUUCUGAGAGCACUUUUCAUAAGGAGAUCAAGAAUAAGCAAAGGAGACAAAUAUGACAGUUUUUUCUCUCCACUGAUUGAGCAUGUGUGUGACAAGGAGAAAAGCUCAGACAAAGCAAUUGAGUUGCUCACUGAGGCAUUUGAGCGUUUCCAUGAAGAUCCAUUCUUUGCGCAACAACUUGCUCGUCUUCAUUAUACUUAUGAAAAGUUUGAAGAGGCAAAACACUGGGCAGAGACAGCAGCAAAACGGCAGCCAAUCAACUACUACAUCAUACUCCACACAAAAGGGCAGGUGUACAGGAAAUGGUUCCAAGCUAAAUGCAGGGCCAUUGACAGUGACAAUGUACCAAAGACGGCCCAAAAUACAGCAGAUGCUGUAGAGACUGCACUGAAAGCUCUAGAGUGUUUUCAAGAGUGUGAGAAAGCUGCUGAAGCAGACAUGGAAAAUGUGUACAAUUCAGGAUUUUUUGGUGAAGUUGAAGUUGGAUGCAGUCUUCUCAAACUCAUCUCUUCAAUAGAUAUGUUUGCACACAGAACCAAUGGUCAUUCAGAGUGUAUGAAGUACCUGUUGACAGAUUACAUUCCAGAGGAAGUUAAAGAUGCCUGGGAACCAUUUCAUGGGCGUUUGAAAAAACUUCAGAAAACAAUGCAAGAUGCUUUGGAAUGGAUUUCAGAAGACCUGAGUUACUUUCAGACAGACAUUGAUGGAGAUGAAGAAGAGAUCCCCGAAGGUCCUGAAGAGAAGAUUAGCCAACCACUGACUUGGCUGGCAAAAAAAUCUUCAGAGUACGGAAAGUACUUCAGUGAAGCCCACUCUAAUGCACUUCAGGGGCAAUCAAUCCCAGCCAAUCUAACUCCAUUCCAAAAACGCAUGAUGAUCUACCAUCUUGGCGGAGGUAAUGUAACGUCAAUCCUCUCCAAGCUCACUGACCAGAGAGAUGCAGUUCGUCUCUUAGAGAGCAUCCUUUCUUUGUAUCCCACCAAUCCAAUGAAGGCCAAAUUUGGUCAAAGGGAUAUUGUCAAUUACAUCAUGGCCCACAUUUCACUGAACUGCCUGUCUCCAGAUACUCAAAUGGUAGCUCAUCUGAAAAAUCUACAGGCACUAUGUCGUCAGUUCCCAUCUGAUAAACGUAAAUGCUUACCAAGUGCCCUGUUCCUGCUCACCUUGCUGUUCUGGCCAGAGGAUCAUGACAUGGACAUGGAGAAAGAAACCAAAUAUGAAAUUGUACAAUCAGCAGUUGAACACCUGGAAAAAGACUACUGGAUCAAGAUGAAGGACAUUCCUCAGAGGAAAAGAAGGCUUUACACCCAUUUUUUUCUGGGCAGUGCGAAUGGAUUGGAUAAAUUUGUCCACAAGAAAAAGUUUGAAAGUGUCACCAAGGUGUUCUCGUUCUCUGAGAAACGCAUGAAGUGGUUUAGGGGUGAGGCAUGGAAAAAACCUGAGAUUGCCAAGAUGCUUAAACGUGUGUCUGGAUGGACUGAAGAUGGAGUGGUGUACCUUGAUGGCCCCAAGAAAAAAAAGUUCAACAUCUUACCUCUUCAUGUGCCUUCAGUGCCUCAUAGUAAUGAGAACAUCACUUUCUACCUUGGGUUUACCUACAGAGGCCCCGUUGCCAUCAACAUCCUUGUGAAAAAAUAGUGUGCCUUUGAACAAUUAUCCCUCAAGGCUGUUUUAGAACUUGCUUGAACAUGGAACUAGCGUUGACUAGGCAAUAUUGAAUAGACAAAUGAGAAAAUUUUGAUGCACAUGGAACAGUAUUAGUACGUAUUUGUAUACAUGUGUUUUUAUUGACUUUGAAAAGACCAAAUUUGGAUUUCCUGAGUAUGAAAAUAACAAACAGAAUUUGUUUAUCUACAGCUGAGUGAUUCUCCAAUAGAAACUGUAAAUCUUUUUUUUGGUCAUGUGUGUUGUAUCGUGUUAUCUUUGGACUGUUUGUUGGAUUUAAAAAGGUGAAGACCCCUUUUAGAUUUUGGAGUUUACACCUGGCAUCACGAUGCCCUUCAAAUACAUCUCAAGUGUGACUUUGUGUUUGUUUUGUGCUAACUGGAGCACAUGAAAACUGAAGUCUACUUAAGGGAUUUAAAGCAUUUGGUGACUCAAAUCUAGUGACCUGAAUAUGAAGUUUGACUUUAAAUGGAGUCAGAUUUAAAAUCAAGACAAAUUGAAGUUCCAGAUGUAAAGCACUGUUGAUUAUGUUUUCAAGAAGAUGUUAAUAGCUCUCUCAGUUUUGUUAUCCAGGAUACAAUGUAUAAAAUAGAAUUAUAAGGUACUACUUAUCAAAUGUCUUAAUCACUUCCUUUGGCUUUGUGUCUUUGUUUUCAAGAUAACUGGUCUUAAAGCAACAGUACCACAUUUAGUUAGAGAAUAAUAUGUAUUCAUUUUGAUGUGCUGCAAAAAAACAAAUAUUGAAUGUAGUGAUUGUGUAGGCCUACAUGUGGUAUGCUUAACAGAACCUGUAAUAACCCCAGAUGCCCUUUAUAUGAAACAUUAAGUAAAUUCAUUGCCAGUGUGUACUCAAACUUUUACAUCUCUGCCUGUUUUAUUUCUUAUUUCUCGAUCAGUUUACACUUUUUUUUUUACAUUUUGUACACUCCAGUUAUAUGGGAUUUCUUUAUUUAUGUUAACUUCAAAGGGAAAUGUUGUACCUGCCAACUUUGUUUUUCAUAAAUAUUUGUAACAUGCAUUUACAUGAAUUUACAUUCAGUAAAAAUUCGUCAUCCGCUACUUCUGCAUGGAGAGGGACCAAAUUC